AGUAAUACUUCGACGGUUGCCAACGAUCGGAUUUUUUUUUAUAUUGAAAAGUUUCCGUAAUCAUGUCGUUUUCAGAUUUAUAUGCUAAAUAUAAUUGUACUUAUUGCCAAGAGGAAAUAAAUGGUAUCUGCGUGAGGUGUGCAGAGUGUACUGAUUUUGAUAUUUGUUUGCAGUGUUUUUCAUUAGGUGCCGAAAUUGGAUCACACAAAAAUGAUCACUCUUAUCAAUACAUGGACUCUGGAGCAUUUGGUAUAUUUCUGGGACGCAGCAACUGGUCAGCUAACGAAGAAGUGCGGUUAUUAGAUGCUAUUGAGCAGUUUGGCUUUGGUAAUUGGGAAGAUAUAGCAAAACACAUAGAAACACGAACUCCUGAAGAGGCAAAGGAUGAGUAUAUUACAAGGUAUUUAGAAGGUAGCAUUGGCCGAGCAACAUGGGGCAGUGUAGAAAGUACUUCACGCCCAUCAUUGCAUUGCGCGGAUAAAGAUGACGGGCCGUUAGGUCCGAAUGCGGUGUCUAGACUUCCACAUCUUGCAGUUACUUCAGAAGAAGCUGCUCAGCUUAGUUAUAUGCCAAAUAGAGAUGAUUUUGAAAGGGAACAUGACCAUGAAGCAGAACAGUUAGUGUCUACAUUAUCCCUGAGUUCUGAAGAUGAUGAAUUAGAUGUUGCACUAAAGCUGUCUCAAGUCGACAUAUAUGUGCGUCGAUUGCGAGAAAGGACUAGAAGAAAAAGGCUUGUAAGAGACUUCCAACUGGUGUCAGUGUUCUUCAAUAACCAAAGAAACAAACAGAGAACACUAGGAAAACUUGCAAAAGAGAAAAAAGAAUUCACUGAGCGUCUCCGGUGGACGGCACAGUUCUACGGUAGAUCAGAACAGGCGGCCGUGGUCGCCGGCCUGUGGCGUGAACGCGAACUAAGGGUACGCCUGGCUGAGUUGCACCGGUACCGUUUGGCCGGUGUUACGCGGCUGGAAGAGUGUGCACAUUAUGAGCAGCACGCGGCUCAUAGGAAGCACCCUAACGCCCAGCCGCAUCAUCUCGACGGCAGCAGUGGGUGCCUGGACACCAAUCAGACAAAAGAAAUAACGCAGAACAGCACGCAGCAGUUAAGAAGAAGAGACGGAGAAGACGGCUCAAGUUCAACCAGCCCAAAGUGCACACGGGACGGAAGCACCGCUUGUGGUUGCUCCAGAAAGAGCUCAUGCAGCGGCGCAUGCUCGAGGCAUCUGCUAACCAAUAACGAGAUACAGGUGAUUUGUUUGUUUAUUUAUAAUAAUAAUCACUUUGUUUAUGUCGCAAUAGCUACAAACGAUCUUAACACAGAGGUUCCCAAACGAUUUAUUCUCGUAGACCAUUUUAAUAAAUUUACUGGUUUCGGUGGACCCCCCUGCUGCUACAUUUUUACCAUAUUCCUAAAAUUCGUCCAAAAUGUGAAGAUCUAACGAUGGAAAUUGGCGAACUAUUUUUAUUUCACGACAACGUAGACCCCCGUUGAAUCCCUCGUGGACCCCAGGGGACCACUUAGGGAAUCACUGCGUAACAUGUUUAAGUUUAAUUACAUUAGACUUAAAGCUGAUUUAUUAAUGUGACUUAUUAUUAUUUUAUAAUUUUUAUAAUAAAAAGGUGUGUGACUCCUUGUCAUUGGUGAAACGCAUUUUUACAUUUGACAAUGCCCAAAUAUUUAAAUGUCAGAUUUAGGCGACUCCCAAGUUUAGUGAAAACGGGCAUAAUUUACGAAACUAAACCCUACACAGAAAAUGAAAAUAUAUAUUAAAGGAGGUGAAGUGUGCGGGGGAGAAACUUGUCCAUAGCAACAGGGCCUAGUGUCA